AUGAAAUGGGCAGAGAAGGACCUGAUAGGCAAGCGCGGCCAUCAAGUAACAACGGCAGGAAGCAUGGGUAUCACCUUUGAACCACGCAAUAACUGUAACAACCUUCUGGAAGGUGCAAUGGAAGAUGUGGAUACGAAGAGUCGAGCGGGCCUGUCUCUCUAUUUGCUCGUUCUUGCCUGGCAGCAGGAUUGGGAAAGAGCAGCUGCCAGAGCGUGCCUUCUUCUGGCAAACACCUCACGCGAAGCUUAG